AAUAACCGCCGAACUCGGCUCUUUGAUUUCUAACUCUGCUAUUCACGGUCACACUCCCGCUCAGCUGACCUCCGCAACUGUACAAGGCAACCCAAAGCCAAGCGCUAUGGCCACCCUUGCUCAACAGCCCUCACAUGUGCUAGCCCAAGAAGCUAACCCAAUGGUAACGCCCCUUCAAAAAGCUCCCAAUCAAACCCAAUCCGACGCAGUCACCAACUGUACACAAUUUGUGAACUCCACCCAGCAAAGGAUCGUCAUCAACACUUCGAAGCCCCUCGCCGCCGGCACGCAGAUCCUCCUUAACAAUACAUGUUUUGUUGUUCCUCCCCAGGGUCUAGGUCCAGGUAGCCAUGUGCUCAUUAUCUCCAGCCCUUCUCCACAAAAAGUGCCUAAGGCCACCGUUAGCAGCAUUGGCUCAGCAACACCUUUGCAAGGAGCAAGUCUGGGUGUUGCCUCUGGACUUUCACCGCUUCGUGCUAAAUGUCCCACCGCCAUUUCCCCAGCUUUGUCACGGUUGCCUACUCCAUCAUCAUCUUUGCCCAGCCCGGUCGCCCCUCCCCACUCCAUCUCAGACACAACGAGAAACUCGUAUCCACAACCGACAUCUACACUGACAGCGUCUUCCAUUCAGGGCAUCACCUCGGUCUGUAAGCAGGCACCGUCAGUCAUUCAUCAACCAAUCAAAAGCACCAUGGAUGCGUUGGAAACGGCAUACAUGGUCACCUUAUCCCCACCCCCCGCCCCCUUUCAACCAGUCACGCUGCUGACCACAAACCCCAUCGGCCUGACCAAUCAGACACUGGUUCCACCCUCUUUGCAGAAAUCCACUUUAGGUCUGGCAAACAGCGUAGCGAAAAAGCUGCUCGUCAGUCCCGACGGCGCCAUUUUGAGCUCCGUCCCGUGCCAGGCCCAGGCGGCUGAGCCGAGCGCCUUUCCAAAAGCGACCGCUCUGAUUCUCACCCCGAACAGCUCCGGUGGCGCUUGGCAUCACCAGCUGACACCUAGUCAACCAAAUAACUGAGACCACGAGUCUGGAAUGUUCAUGCACUUGUUAUUAAAACUGCUCGAGAAACGUUGGGUCAUCAGACCCUAUGGUUGGACUAUCAAAUACUGUUCUUUUUUUUUUUUCUGUUUGAUAACUACUGAGGUUAAUGAAUGAUCUGUGUUUUAGACUUCAUGGCCAGUAAUGACAACUGGGGAAAAGGAGGUUAAAUGGAUUUCAUAUUUGAUCGUACUCAGUACUUUAAAAGCCAGCUUUUUUGAUAAGGUUCAUUGGAACAACUCGCUACUACUUUAAAUGUUUCAUGGAUCAUAACACUUUGUUUGUUGGAGUUUGAAAAACGGUUUUGCAUUGUAGGAAAUGUAUAUAGACCUUGUUGGAUUUGUACUUCGUUCGAGCACACGUUAAAUGUUUUGCAGUCACUUUGUAUUUAUUUUCUACCGUAUAGAUAUGGAAACUUUUUUGCUCGGUUCAUUGAACAAAUGUUGAGGUCAAAGCGUGGAAAUAAACAAUUCAUCCGUG